CUACCCUUCCUCCAUCCACCCUCAGUUCCCCUGUGACCGCGACCUGUGAGUGACCAGUCUUCGCCCAGUAGUACGGGGUUGAACAUGUCUCCUCGACUUCGAGUGUGCUUCCUGCUCCUGCUUGCUCUUAGCUCUGUAAAUGCAUUUCCCCAAAGGAUUCCAGGUUUUCUGAGCAGUGGACGACUUCCUUCGAAGCCCAUAGAUCUGCCCCAGUAUCUGAAAGAAGCAAAGUAUGCGGCAACCAAGAUCAUCAACGACGCUAACAACGAUGCCAACCAACAGCUGGCCAAGAUAAAGAAGAAACAUAUAGACCUCUUUCAUCAACAUGUACAUCAAGCUUUGACUCCAAUGAAUAUCAAGGACCACAUGGAUUCUAUAAAGGAAAACCUGAAGAUGGAUCAUUUCAUUCCGAGCAUCAAAAAUCCACUCAAUACUCAUCACUCAGCUCAUUCUACUUUUCCACAGCCAAAGCCUUGUUUAGGGAGUAUUGUGAAUUGUUUGUAUGUCCCUGUUAUGUUCCAUCAUAAUACAUUUGUUGGUUCAUCCUUAAUAAAACCCCCUUGCCGUGGUUAUAAAUGCGGUCAUAGUUCCGUUUUAAAACCUAUCAGAAAACCAACAAUAUUUGUAACUUUAAAACCAUCUUACCCAGGCUACUCUGAAACAUUAAAGCCACCAGUUUAUCACUACAAUACUCACCCCAGUAUAUGCAAUUCAAAAAAGAUUUCUCAAAGCACCUACCUCUAUUUUAAAUGUAACCAUAAAAACUCUUUUCUGCCAACAUAUGCCACUGUGAAAUCUUUAACAGUCGCAAAUUCUGUAAACACUUCAGCACCAAUUAAGAGUAAUUUAUAUCCAAUAAUUUCCUCCACACCACAUCCAGAAAAAUUCAGUACGGAAUCAAUUAGGGAACAAAUCUUUUUACCAGAAGAGAUAUACAAUUUGGCUACAAAUCCUCCUAAAGUCUCCCAAGAAACGCAUAAACCAUAUGGAAUGGAAACUUUGAAGGAAAAUAUUACACAACUUGAAAAGGAAAUAUUGGGUAUUACAGAUGAAAUACCACUAUUGAGGGAAGUGACUGACUCUGUGUUUCUAACCACUGACAAGAUCAGUCACAAAGAUUUAGUUACUGAAUACCCUACAAGUACAAGCAGACAAGUUUUGUAUUUGAAUAUUUCUAAAAAUGAUCAUGACAAAAGCCAGUCUAAAUCAUUAGCGACAACUGAAAUUAGUAUUGAGCCUGCAACAAACUCAGAAGAAACUCUUAUACGUUCCAUCCAACCUACUGAGACACACAAGACAACCACUAUGAAAGUGUCAUUGCAUGACAAAGACGAACUCAGCAAAACCAUACAGUCAUUUCAAACAGAUUUUGAGAGCAUAACUACUAUAAAUCCACUUUUUUCAAUAACUUCCUCAGUUGAAAGAGUAAAGGAUCUUGGCAAUAUAAAUAAGUCAAGGUCAGACGAGGGCAGUAGUGACUACACAACUUUAAAUACUGUCGAAGAAAGAUUGAUACAAACAACAGAUAGUGAUUCCAGCAAGGAUACUGAUUUCAUUUUGGAUAACACAUUAUAUUUGGAUCCAUCAGUUCCUACUGUUUUAGCGGAUUUCAAACAUGAAGCAGGAAAUCCCAUCGAAGAUAACUAUAACACUACUGAGGUGGAACAGUCCAGCUAUUCAUUUUUAAGUGAUCUGAGAGAAAAUUUUAGAUUAGCGGCAGAUGAUAAUUCCGUGUUAGAUUCAGAUAAUGUACAAAAUAGCGAAAUUACACCAGUAAUGAGUAAUCGUGAGCAUGAAGUCAACUCUGAUGCAGUUACUUUGCCUUACGAAGAUGGACAGACCACUGAAUUAAGUAAUUAUAAGUUCACUGAGCAACAGAUGCACACGGAUGAAAAGUAUUAUGAGUCAACACCAAUUGUUUUAUCUAGAACUGACGACAAUAAAAUAGAGACUCAGUUAGUUACUGAAAACACUGAACAAUCACCUGAUUACAAGUUAGACCAAGAGCUAAAAACAGAUGAAAAGUAUGAUUCCACACCACUGGUCUUACCUAGAACAGAAGCCAACAAUGAAGAGACACAGUUGGCCAAACAAGACAUUCAAGAGUCAUCAAUUAAUGAGUUAGAACGAGAACUGGAAAUAGAAGAAAAAUAUUACGAGUCAACCCCACUGGUUUUAUCUGGAACUAACGAAAAAGAAAAAGAAACACUGUUGGUCAGAGAAGAUGUUCAAGGAUCAUCAGACUAUGAAUUAGGGUUCGACCAGCAAACUGAAGAAAAGUAUUAUAAGUUGACAACAUUGGCAUUAUCUACAACUGACAACAACCAAGUAGGAACUCAAUUUGCCCCUGAAAAUGUUAAACAGUCAUCAGAUUAUGAACCAGAUCAAGAUCUGAAGUCAGAAGAAAAGUAUUAUGAGUCUACACCACAGUAUUUGUCAAGAACUGAAGAAACACAAUUGCCCAGAGAAGACAAUCAAGAGUCAUCACUUAAUGAAUUAGAACAAGAAUUGCAUAUAGAACAAAAUUCUUUUGAGUCAACAACCCCGGUUUUACCUAGGACUGAUGACAUUGAAGAAGAUGCUCAUUUGACUAGUGAAAUCAUCCAAGAAUUAUCAGUUAAUGAUUUAAAGCAAGUGUUGCAAUUAGAUGAAAAUUAUUAUGAAUCAACACCACUGGUCUUAACUAGAACUGGAGAAACACAGAUGGCCAGAGAAGACAUUCAAAAAUCAUCAGUUAAUGAGUUAGAAGAAGAACUGGAAAAGGAAGUAACAAAUUACAAGUUAACACCACUGGUUGAAUCUACAAUUCAAAACACUGACAACGAAACUCAGAUAGCCAGAGAAGAUAUUCAAGAGUCAUUAGUUAAUGAGUUAAAACAAGAACUGCAUACAGAACAAAAUUCUUUUGAGUCAACAACUCCAGUUUUACCUUGGACUGAUGACAACAAAGAAGAAACUAAAUUGGCCAAUGAAAAUAUCCAAGAAUCAUCAGUUAAUGAUUUAAAGCAAGUGAUACAAAUCGAUGAAAAUUAUUAUGAAUCAACACCACUGGUCUUAACUAGAACUGUAGAAACACAGAUGGCCAGAGAAGACAUUCAAGAGUCAUCAGUUAAUGAGUUAGAAGAAGCACUGGAAAAGGAAGAAACAUAUUACGAGUCAACACCACUGGUUUUAUCUGGAGCUGAUGAUAUUGAUAAAGAAACCCUGUUGGUUAGAGAAGAUGUUCAAGGAUCAUCAGACUAUGAGUUAGAGCUCGAUCAGCAAACUGAAGAAAAGUAUUAUGAGUCGACAACAUUGGCAUUAUCUACAACUGACAACAACCAAGUAGAAACUCAAUUAGCCCCUGAAAAUGUUAAACAGUCAUCAGAUUAUGAAUCAGAUCAAGAGCUGAAGACAGAAGAAAAGUAUUAUGAGUCUACACCACAGUAUUUAUCAAGAACUGAAGAAACACAAUUGCCCAGAGAAGACAAUCAAGAGUCAUCACUUAAUGAAUUAGAACAAGAACUGGAUACAGAACAAAAUUCUUUUGAGUCAACAACCCCGGUUUUACCUAAGACUGAUGACAGCAAAGAAGAAACUAAAUUGUCCAGUGAAAAUAUCCAAGAAUCAUCAGUUAAUGAUUUAAAGCAAGUGUUGCAAAUAGAUGAAAAUUAUUAUGAAUCAACACCACUGGUCAUUAACUAGCACUGAAGAAACACAGAUGGCCAGAGAAGACGUUCAAGAGUCAACAGUUAAUGAGUUAGAACAAGAACUGCAUACAGAACAAACUUCUUUUGAGUCAACAACCCCGGUUUUACCUAGGACUGAUGACAUUGAAGAAUAUGCUCAUUUGACUAGUGAAAUCGUCCAAGAAUUAUCAGUUAAUGAUUUAAAGCAAGUGUUGGAAAUAGAUGAAAAUUAUUAUGAAUCAACACCACUGGUCUUAACUAGAACUGAAGAAACACAGAUGGCUAGAGAAGACAUUCAAGAGCCAACAGUUAAUGAGUUAGAACAAGAACUGCAUACAGAACAAAAUUCUUUUGAGCCAACAACUUCGGUUUUACCUUGGACUGAUGACAACAAAGAAGAAACUAAAUUGGCCAGUGAAAAUAUCCAAGAAUCAUCAGUUAAUGAUUUAAAGCAAGUGGUGCAAAUAGAUGAAAAUUAUUAUGAAUCAACACCACUGGUCUUAACUAGAACUGAAGAAACACAGAUGGCCAGAGAAGACAUUCAAGAGUCAACAGUUAAUGAGUUAGAACAAGAACUGCAUACAGAACAAAAUUCUUUUGAGUCAACAACCCCGGUUUUACCUAGGACUGAUGACAACAAAAAAGAAACUAAAUUGGCCAAUGAAAAUAUCCAAGAAUCAUCAGUUAAUGAUUUGAAGCAAGUGAUACAAAUAGAUGAAAAUUAUUAUGAAUCAACACCACUGGUCAUAACUAGCACUGAAGAAACACAGAUGGCCAGAGAAGACGUUCAAGAGUCAACAGUUAAUGAGUUAGAAGAAAAACUGGAAAAGGAUUACGAGUCAACACCACUGGUUAUUUCUACAAUUCAAAACACUGAUAACAAAACUCAGAUAGCCAGAGAAGAUGUUCAGGAGUCAUCAGUUAAUGAGUUAGAACAAGAACUGCAUACAGAACGAAAGUCUUAUGAGUCAUCAUCACUGGUCUUAACUAAAAAUGAAGAAACACAGUUGGCCAGAGAAAACAUUCAAAAGUCAUUAGUUAAUGAGUUAGAACAAGAGUUCCAAACAGAAAAAAGUUAUUAUGAAACACUACCGCUCAAUGUAUCCAAUUUUUCUACCCAGGCCCAGAAUGAUUUAACAACGAUUAUUGUGUCCACCACACCAACGAAUGCUCAAGAUUUAAACUUACAAGAAUACACUGAAGACACAGUUAUAUCUGAAGAAGGGAGAGAAAUAAUCAGUCAAUCUCAUGUUGCUGAAGAAACAUCAGAAAAACUUCAUGAAAUAGAUUUAGUUGUUAAAAAUAAAGUUGAUAUAUCCUCGAAAACAGGAAGGGAAAACAGUGAAGUAUUGAUAAACAACUGGAAGAACAACUUAGAUGUUGUUACAGGAUCUACUGAAAAUUGGGUUUCUACAGAAUCUACUACUUAUGGUUACGACCAGUCUUCUAAUGAAUCCUCAACAUCUUAUUUCAUACACACAUUGAAAAGUAAUGAUAAUGGAGUAAGGUUUGAAUCUGAAGUUGAAAGUUCUACAGAUGACCAUAGUAUAUUAUUUGUAAAUGAAGAAGUUCCAUAUUAUGAUACUGAUGAUGAAAUCGAUCCAAUAACAGAAAAAAAACCAUUAUGACCAUCGGGUAAAGAGGUCUUUAGUCGUAAACGAAACAAGUGGUAGUGUAAUCAACAGAGAAAAAGUGUUAAAUUUUACCCAUGAAAUGUCAGGAAAGCUUAAAAACACUUUCAAAGGAGUUGAAGAAUAUAAUAAUGAAAGGUCUCAUGCUUCUGUCAUAUUAGAACUUUUGCCCUUAAUUCGAGAAGGAUAUAAAAACAAUGCAUUCAAUGAACACGACAAAAAAGCUAUUUCUUCUAUAUUCGGAGAUAUAAAAAGUCUUAAAGACGGAAAAUCUCUUCCUGUAGUCACUGACUUGUCAAGAGAUAUGUUCAUGGGAGAUGAGACAUCAAGAUCUGAUGAUGUGAGUGACUAUUCAGAUGAUGAAUAUGAACAAGAGCAGGACAGGCUUAAAAGAUCUAAGGAUGUUAAAAUGGUGAGUGAUCGUAUUAGAAAGUUCCCAAGCAGAGUUAAAAGAACAAUAAGCUCACCUUUCUUACAACAGAAUGUUAGAAAAAUUCGUUCAGCUGGUCCUCAAAAAGUUUCUGAAGCAGCUGCAAUACUUGCUCUUCUUGCUGAAGAAGGAGGAGCUGUCCAGCUUGACUCACCUGACGAUUAUGAUGAUGACGAUUCAUACGAAUAUUAUGAAGACGAAGAGGAGGACCUGUAUUCUGAUGAUAAAGAUGAUGAUGAUGAUGAUGAUGAUGACCAAUUCUAUGAUGAUUAUGGAGAUGCAUCAUUUACAGAACUAAUUAGACUUGCCAAAAAACACCGUGAGCGGAAGGCAAAAGAGCAGUGAAUUUGGUUAGAUUAAUAUUUAUAAAUAUUGAAAAGACUGUGAUUUAUGUUUAAUGACCCAGCAAAAAUAGUUGCUCUUUUAUCUGUAUAUAUUGUACAGUAACCACUUUCUUGUAUCCUUACUAGUAGGUUUCUCAAGUGAUUUGUAUGAUAACUCUUGUAAAUAUUAUAAAAGAAUAGGUUAUGUACUAUUUCAAAUAUUGAUUAUUAAUUUUUUUUUAUUGUUAUUACAACUGAUGAUUCAGUAAUUAAAGUAAUUUUUGCAUAAAUAUACUGUAUAUAAAAUAAAAAGCGCCAUAAAGUAAAUUGCAGAACUCUCAAAUUAAUAAAUUUGAAUUUAUUAAUCUUGGAAUGAUUUUAGAGCUUCCUGUAAGUUCAAAGAUGUAGACCAAUUAAAGGAAUCAUAAAUUAUGUCAAACAUUUCAUGGGCAUUUCGAUAGUUGGUCAAUAAAUAAGGAUAAUAUAGUAUUUAUUUUAAUGUUUUCAUGGUGAAGAAAAACAAUUUUGUAAACUAAAUUCAAUCAAGUGGAUUUACAAAUAUAAAAUAAUAUAAAUUUAACUGGAGCAUGAUGAUUCAGUUUUAAUUAUUAUAAUUUCAUAGCAAACCACUUUUAUUUGACAAGUUCAUCUAGAAUUUAUAGACAUUACAACACAUUAAAUUCGCAUUAGAUUUUUACAAAUCUUUUAGUAAUUUUAGCCAAUUCUUCUGUUUAUCUCUCUAAAUGUUGUAUUGGUUAGCAAAAUAUUCUAUUUUUACUUUAUAAUAUAUAUGUACUGUAACAAAAUGUGUGCCAUAAGUAAUAACUCUUAUGUCACAAAGAUAAUUUUUAAACAUUCAAAUUUGAUGCCUUUACUUAUUUUAAUUCUAUGAUUUAUAUUUAUUGUUUUUGUUUGUGUAGUGAUUAUUUGUGCAAUAAAAUUAUGUUAUGUGAAUUUUAUAUGAAAUACUAAAGAUCUUAACAUUUAUAGCUUUGUAAUAAUUGUUUUAUGAGAAAAAUUACUGACUGUACAUAAAAUGUGCUGUAAUAUGACUUUAACAUUAAAGCAUUUUGUUAUACAAAA